GUCUGCAAAUGUAUUAUCCUUAAACUAAGUGUGCUUUUUGCACAGAAGUAAUCACCACACUCUUUAGGGUGCUUUGGAUAUUUGACAUCACAAAUUAGACAAUGUUGCACAGCAUUUUUAUUGUGUUACACAAAAACAUGGCAUGAAAUGUUACUGCUCUGUUACCAAGACGACACCACGGUGUCUGUGUGUGAACAACUGAGUUGUCUUACGCAUGAGAUUAGCACUGUUUCUGUUUGAUGUCCUGUAGUGUAUUGGAGUGAGACCCUACAGAGCUGUUUUAGAGUGCCAAGAAUCAUGGUGUGGCGACGGCUGAUGCCAACAAAGAUGACACUGAACCAGCGAGAGGUUGCUGCCUGUGGAGCAGUUGGCCAGGGCUGCAUGGUUCUCCAGACUGUUAUUUUUUUUUUUGGCGACUCUCGCGAUUGACUUCAUUUGCUGGCUGAGAUGAAGUGAAGAUAUUUUUAGAGGAGCACUUGUACUCCUGGUGGCCGACAGUUCUAAUGAAGCAGUCUCUUUGAUGAGCAAAAACCCCGCCACCAACCAAGCCACCGCACACCAUUGCACGUGUGAAGGCCACAUUCCUGAAAAGAGGCGGGCCCGCUCCCAUGUAGAUAGGAAAGGUUCAUUCUCAGCUUAUGAAAACACAUCGAUGCAAUGUUACAGUUUAUGUAUGCAGCACAAAUCACAGCAUAAGUCGCCCCAAGAUGCUUCACAAGGAGUGAAGAUGAGGCCUGCUGUUCCAGCGCUGCUCCUGCUGCUGCUCACUGUUGCGGCACUGAGCCAUGCUCACACCGGAACCUCUGCCCUGGAUGUGACCUACAGUUUCAGCAACAUCCUUCCCAGCCUCAACCGCCCGGCCAACCACAGCCGCAUCUUCUACACAGUCAUUUUUGACGCAGGGAGCACAGGGACACGAAUCCACGUCUACACCUUCAUCCAUAGUGACUCAGAGGAGCUGCUGCCUGUUUUGGACAAUGAGAUGUUCCAGUCUGUAAAGCCCGGUUUGUCUGCAUAUGUCGAUGCCCCUGAAAUGGCCGGACACACAGUGAGGAUGCUGUUGAAGGUGGCUAAGAAGACCGUACCUCGUCUGGAGUGGAAGCGGACUCCUGUGGUGCUCAGAGCCACAGCUGGACUUCGGCUUCUGACUGCAGAGAAAGCUCAGUCUCUUCUCGACCAGGUUCAGCGUGUGUUUGACGAGUCUCCGUUUCUGAUCCCAGACAGCGGUGUCGGCAUAAUGAACGGCACAGAUGAAGGAAUCCUGGCCUGGGUGUCUGUUAACUUUCUGACAGGUCACCUGUACGCAGGCACCAAGAAGACGGUGGGGAUCUUGGAUUUGGGAGGAGGGUCGACACAGAUCACGUUCCUGCCGAACCCGAGGAGAACCAUCAAAAGUGCUCCUGCUGAUUACGUUGCCAGAUUCCACAUCUUCAAUUCAACAUAUGAGCUGUACAGUCACAGUUACCUUGGAAAUGGGCUGAUGGCGGCACGACUGGCCACCCUGGGUGCUUUGGGUGCAGAAGGGCUGGAAUGGCGUGUUUUCCGAAGCGCCUGCCUGCCAAAGAACUUCAGGGAUCAGUGGAGCUUUGGUGGGAUCACUUAUGAAGUGAGCGGGAUCCCAGACGGUUAUACAGGAUAUAAGUUUUGUUAUCAGGAGGUCCUUAAGGUGGUGAGGGGGAUCAUUCAUCAGCCGCACGAGCUCCAGGACAGCAGCGUUUUCUACGCCUUCUCAUAUUACUAUGACAGAGCAGUGGAUGCAGGCCUUAUCGAUGGACUCCAGGGAGGGAAGGUGGAGGUCAGAGACUUCAAGAAGCGAGCUAAAGAGGUGUGCAAUAAGCUGUCCGUGAACCGCGCAGUCAGUCCGUUCCUGUGCAUGGACAUGACCUACAUCACCUGUCUGCUCAGAGACGGCUUCGGCUUCAAGGACAGCACGGUGCUGCAGCUGACAAAGAAAGUGAAGAACGUGGAGGCGAGCUGGGCUCUGGGAGCCGUUCUGGAUCACUUUCAUCUCCUGCAGAUGUACAGAGGACAUCACUCUGCUUUAGGGGCCGUGCACUGAUGCUGCAGACGCACCAGGACCUGGGAAACCUCAUGAUUAAUUAUGCAUUUGUUUUCACAGUAGUUAAUGUAUUGUGUUAAAAAA